GGCCGGCGAAAGGUGAAUGAAUCGCUAGGCGCAAGACCUGACACCCCGAGGAGAGGGUGGUAGAUUGGAGCUGGUUCGGCGUGGUGUGUGUCGUGGGACGUCACUUUCGUCGAGAGUGUGCUAAAAGAGUUUUCUUCAACGCCGCCAGCGCUAAGAUAGCCCCCACCAUACAGGUCUGGAUGUCGAUUUCGUGUUCCCGAGAUUACGUAGCAAAAGCAGCUCCUUAAAACAGUCAACAGCCAACCUGUUUUGAGCUCCACCACCACUCCGGUUUAUGUUGUUCUGUUAGAAAGGGCUGAAACCGAUCGGGUGGUGUGAAGGAGAAGAAGCAAAACCAGCGGGAUAAUUGAUGGUAGUGGUUAGAUGGACUCUGUCGGUUUUGGGGCGCCGUGGUGACCGUCUUUGAAUGGUUUUGGUUCGGCACGAUACUGGUAGAUGAUUGCCAUCUGAUAGUGGUGAGUUAAGCGUUUAUCUCAAUACGAAGUGGACUGUAGCAUACCACAAGCGCCAGGUCAGAUCAAUAGCGGCAACACUAGAAUUCCAGGGUGCCAGAAAACAUCUAUCCCAAUUCGUUCCUUACGGUGCAUUCGACGAUUACAAUUCGAUAUUGUUACAAUUCGAUUGCUCGACAAAAUGGAAACUAAUUUAGUGCGCGUACUUGAGGGACAAUAUCUGGACGAGCUGACCAGUGAACUGUGCGACUUUACGUUGGAGGAACAGAACGCUGCUACGGAAGCGCAAGGCGUUAAACCGCUGGCCGCAUCAGACUACGUACCAAUCGUCGGGAAGACGGUCACGUACGUCGUGGCCUGUGUGAUCGUGAACGAUGCCAACGAGGUGCUGAUGAUGCAAGAGGCAAAGGAAUCGUGCGCCGGCAAGUGGUAUCUACCAGCAGGACGCAUGGAACCGGGCGAAACGAUUAUGGAAGCAGGUGCCCGUGAAGUACUGGAAGAGACUGGCCUGAAAGUGGAAAUAACAACGCUCCUGGCUGUGGAAACGGCCGGUGGUUCUUGGUUUCGCUUCGUCCUGACGGGCAACGUGAUUGGGGGUGAGCUGAAAACUCCAUCCCAGGCGGAUCAAGAGUCGAUUCAGGCGAAGUGGUGCCAAAACCUGAACGAAUUGUCCCUGCGCGCCAACGACAUUCUGCCCAUAGUGGAGCUGGCCAGAAACUAUCGCGUACGCUCCCCGAAAGAUCCAAACUGGCAUCGUGAAAUACUACCAGCGCGGAAGGCCCACUAUAAGAACUACCUUCGGGUGGUGGUAGCCAUCAAGAACAAGAGCACUAAUCAAGUGUAUGUGCUGCUAAGCGAGAAAACGGCCUAUCACUUCCCGACGGUAGAAAUCCAUCCCGGCCGUAGUAUUCACUCGACGCUGAAAAAGUUCAUGAUUGAGCUAUUCGGUGCGGAUCUUCCUCAGCAUCGUCCACACGGGGUACUGAGCGUGGAGCAUCAUACGAGUGGUACACAGGCAAACCCAACCGAUGGGAUGUGUCUUACGGUGCUGGUGAUCUGUAGGCCGUCGAUUGAAUCAGUAUCGCUGAUCGGGAAAUGUAUCUGGCACGAGCUGAGCAAAGACCUAAGUGCUCGGCUUGCGAUGGCAGUAGCAGGAAAGAAUGCGACUUUCCAGCUGCAUGUCGUGCGAUAGCUGUUGGUCGUGGUGGUUUUAAGUGUUUUUUUUUAUAGGGUUUAAGCUAUACACACAAGGAAACCUUUAAUACUCUCUUUUUGUUCAUUAUAUUCUAAGUUGCAUAGUCAGUUAAAUGUUUUGAAGUCUUACAUUGUUCGAAUCGAAAAGCAUUUUUACUUUUUGUAUAGCAUUAGAAGAACCAAACAUAAUAUACCGGUAUGAAUUCUGAAACCAUACGGAUAUCAAGCCAACAUUUAACCAUAAAGCCUCACAAACACGGUGCAAACGGUUGUUUUACGAUAAGUCACGAGUUUGUAACGUCUCAAUCUGGACAGGUUACAAAAUAAAGCGUGCUGU